AUGUCUUUUGACCCGCUAAUAACUCGCACCGCAAAGUGCAUUGGGGGCAUCAAUGGGCCGGGGCUGCAACUUAUUCGCGAAAAAACAUCCCAAGGCCAAGGACUCGGGCAUCACACAACAGUCACUAUGCGUCCCACUCUCAUGGGCGAAGGCUUGGACCAAAUGAACAAGAAAAUCAUCCUCUGUCUGCAAAGAAGCGUCCAAGGGUUGAAAGACCAUCGCGGCGGAUUUGAUCUCUUUGCAUGGUGUAGUCUCACACUGACAAUCGCCACAACAGAGGCAAUUUACGGGUCGUUAAACCCCUACCGUCUUGCUAUUGCCCGUGAAGCCUACUGGGAAAUCGAGAAUAAUCUGAACACCCUCAUGAUGGAUGUCGCACCUUGGCUGUUCGCCCGAAAGGCUUGGAUGGCGCGAGAGUAUCUAGCAGAUGCUUUUCUGGAGUACUUCAAGGCAGGUGGCCACUUGGAGUCGUCGCAGAUGGCGUACACGAGAUGGAAAACGCAGCACGAUGCUGGAGCAACAUUGGAGGAUAUUGCUCGCCUCGAAAUUGUGAUGGGACUUGGGAUUCUCUCUAACACGGUGCCCACCUGCUUCUGGGUUCUCUUUGACAUUUUCUCGCGUCCUGAUCUACUCAACGACCUGCGAGAGCAAAUACAACAGACUUCAGUGUCUGUCGACGGCGACGGGGUCCAUACCGUCGAUAUGUCUGCAGUUCAAGAUAAAUGUCCACUCCUGCUUGCAUCGUUCCAAGAAACGCUUCGGACUCGAUCAAACUCAGCCCAGCUACGAGUGGUUCACACGAAUACUGUCUUGGAUGAAUCAUGGCUAAUCUCCGCUGGCUCAGUACUUGUGAUUCCGGCUGCAUUGAUCAACAGAAGUGAAUCUGUAUGGGGACCGAACGCCAACGAGUUCAAUCCUCAACGGUUUAUCGACGGAGCCCCCAAAAAGAACAAGGCAUCGGCAUUUAUGUCAUUUGGUAUAUCCCCAAACAUGUGUGCUGGCCGUCACUUGGCUACGGGUGAGAUCAUGGCUCUUAUGGCCAUGUUAAUUUUGCAGUUUGACAUCUGUCCUCCGGAGGGAACCUGGAAAAAGCCACCCACGAAUGCGAAGGCAAUGGCUGCAUCAUUGAGCCCACCGGCGGAUCCAUAUUUCACAUAUCAUCCUGCAGAAUGCGGUCUGCAACGUGGUUCAGAAUUGUACAUCCCGAGCAUCUCCGAGCUGCAAUCCUCAAGCGGUCACGCCCAUUACGUGCUCACCUUCAUUACCUGA